AUGGUCAAGCUCCCGACCGGCUUCUCGCGCCAGCAAGUCUCGUCGCUCCUCUCGCGCGUGCACAAGACCCACUGCGGGUGCCCAAUGUGCUCCUCCCUCGCCUCAGCAGCAGCCAACUCGCCCGCCGACAUCCUCAACGCCGCAAACGCAAUCCGCACAGGCGGACGCGCCAAAGUCCUCCACCGCGCGCCUUCCGCGGGUCUGGGACUCCCGCACGGAGCGAGGGGUUACGCGACCCCCGUCGAUGCGCCUCAGGGGGACUACGCCUUCGAGGUCGCAGCGAGCAACCUCCGCUUCGGCGAGGGCGUCACAAAGGAAAUCGGCAUGGACUUUGCGAACCAAAAGGCGCGCAAGGUCGGCGUCUUCACAGACGGGACGAUCGCCAAGCUCCUCCCGAUGAAGAUGGCGCUCGAAUCGCUUGAGGAGAACGGCAUCAAGUACGAGGUGUUUGACCGCGUGCGCGUCGAGCCCAACCAGCAGUCAUGGGAGGAUGCCAUCACGUUCGCCAAGCAGCACGACUUUAGCCACUUCCUCGCCGUCGGCGGUGGAUCCGUCAUCGACACCUGCAAAGUCGCCAACCUCUUCACCUGCUACCCGGACGCCGACCUCUUCGACUUUAUCAACGCCCCGAUCGGCAAGGGAAAGCCGAUUGAAAAGACGUUGAGGCCGUUGAUUGCGGUUCCUACGACGGCGGGGACGGGGAGUGAGACGACCGGCACAGCCAUCGCCGACAUCCCCCAACUGACCGCCAAAACCGGUAUCGCGAACCGCGCUCUCCGUCCUUUGCUCGGCAUCGUCGACCCUUUGAACACCGACAGCUGCCCACGCGAAGUACACAUCUCGUCCGGCUUGGACGUCUUGUUCCAUUCGUUGGAGAGCUGGACGGCGAUUCCGUAUUAUGAGAGGGUGCCGAGGCCGAUGAACCCGAUUAAUAGGCCUGCGUAUCAGGGGUCUAACCCCAUCUCAGACGUCUUCUCCGAGUGGGCGCUCAGGCAGACCGUCAAGUACCUACCGCGCGUCGCUAAGGACCAGGGCGACAGGGAGGCCAAGAGGCAGAUGCUCCUCGCUUCGACUUUCGCUGGCAUUGGCUUCGGAAACGCUGGCGUUCACCUCAACCACGCGUGCUCGUACCCGAUCUCGGGGCUCAACAAGCUCAAGGGCAAGUGGCAGCACCCGGGCUACCAAGUCGACCACCCUCUCGUCCCCCACGGCAUCUCCGUCGCCUUGACCGGCCCCUCCGUCUUCUCCUUCACCGCGCCCUCCUCUCCCGAACGCCACCGCACCGUCGCGCGCAUCUUCGAAGAACUCGCCGAACCGCACAUGAAGGACCACAUCGACACCGAGCGUGUACCCGACGCCGACCUCGGAAACUUGCUCUUCGACCGCAUCGCGAGGUUCCUCGUCAACUUGGAUGUGCCGCGCGGGUUGAAGGCGAUCGGGUACAAGAUGGGCGAUGUCGACGAGUUGGUCAAGGGAACGUUGCCGCAGAGGAGGGUGUUGGACCUUGCGCCUGGGUUCUCGGGCAACGAGGGCAGGGAGGAGUUGGCGAGGAUCCUCGAGGGUGCGAUGGAGUUCUAA